UUGCUAACAGAGGCAGGACAAUCCAUUAUUACGACGGAGCAAGUAGAGCAGCUUUACAAGAAUGGAAUGUAUUAUCGCGAAUUAGUUACUGGUAAGUCUCCUGAGGUACUUGUUAGUGACCUAGAUUUUUCCCUCGAUGGGAGAUCAUUGUUUUCGGACCUCGACUUUGCAGCAUCUUAUGGAGACAAGGUGAGCAUAGUCGGAGACAGUGGGAGUGGAAAGACCACAUUUUUUAGGAUCCUAUCCGGCAUAGGUGAUUACUCAUAUUCUGGGUCGAUGGAAGUCGAAGGUAGAAUUGGCUUUCUGCCUCAACACUUCGAAGAAGUCGAUGGCGACAUACUGGCUAUUUUGGUGCUGCUCAAGUCGUUGUACGAUGAUGAAAUCAACAAUCUCUUAGAAUUACCCCUGAAUUCCUUCUCACAUGAGUUGAUAUAGGAGCUCAACUCUUUGGGUGGGCAUGAGAUUUUUAGGCAGUUAGCUCAUAUUGGGCUGGAGAAAGAAAUACUGAAACGUUUUUUCAAGUCUCUCAGUGGUGGUAAAAAGACGAAAACACUACUAUGCUCUCUCAGCGUUUUAGAUUCAGACCUUAUUUUGCUGAACGAGCCAACAAAUCACCUGGACGAUAAAGGGAUUGAAUGGUUAGAGUUAUUCUUGAAAAGGUUCAUAAAAGGUUCACAGGUGCGGUUGUCAUGGUUACUCACGACCGUGCUUUGAUCAAUGCAGUUUCAAACUCGGAGUUAUCCCCUCACACCAAGAAGUUUACCCAUUUUAGAGGUGGCUAUAAGCACUACUUGGAACAAUAGAAAAAAAGGAGACAAAUAAUGAUUGAAGAGAGACGAUUCCAGGACAAGGAGCUCAAGAAACUGAAGUCUAAGCCUCCUCAAGUACAAUCUAAAGUUAAGGCGCGAGUUUUUAGAUCCGGGUCAGACAGAGAUAAACUAAGCUAUAACAACAAGGAGCAAAGAGCCCAAAAGGGAAUUACGGGCCUGAUUAAUCAGCUGUCUGAUAAAGUUGAGCAUCUCAAUGAUAAUUUAGUGGACGUUAUUCCUGAUCGAUCUCAAAUAAUUCCCGAUUUCGACGGUCUUCCUGACUUAAGCUCUCUUUAAGGGAUAACGGUAACUGAAGCUUCAAAAUAAUAUGAAAAGCAAAUUUUCACCAAUGUAUCUUUUACGCUGGCAAAAGGUGAGAAACUGAUUUUUCAGGGUCCAAAUGGAUCUGGCAAAACAACUUUAAAUCGAAUUCUCAUGGGUUAUACUGAACCAGAUCAUGGAACGGUCUCCGUUAGUGGAAAUGAAGUCGUCGGGUACCUGGACCAGGAACAAGGAAACCUCCCGAUAGAAAAUUCUGCGAUGGACUUGUUGGAAGAAGAUAUCAAAAUCAAAGCAAAAUAGCAGGAAGCAAUUCGUGAUUUGCGCAGUUUCGGAAUUUAUAGUUGGCACGACCUAAAGAGUCCUUUAAAGAACUUGAGUGUCGGGUGCCGUCGUAAAUCAUAACUUUGUCAGCUUGUCAUGAGGAAAUGUUCCAUCCUCAUUCUAGAUGAACCUACCAACCACAUUGAUUCCCGAGGUUGGAAAAUAUUGAAGAUGCUCUAGUGAGCUUUCCCGGCAUUAUUAUUGCUACUACACAUGACAGAUCCUUCACGAAAAAGGUUGUCACGAGAGUCAUGACCUUAUCAAAUACUAGUUUAGAAUAA